AUGGCCUCCUUCGUCGACGGAGACGACGACGACGACGAUAGCUACGUGGGCUACCAACAUUCUCACCAUUACGAAUCAACGUUCCCUCAUUCCGAUGAUUACGCCGACCAUGACCCCACCUCCGAUCACCGCCCCAAUAACUUCGCUGAGAACCCGCAUUCUCCCCCCGUAUACGGGUUUGGCGUUUCCACACCCGACCCGAACCACGUGUCACCGUUCGAAUCAGAUGGCGCCGGAAAUGUCGCCGCCGCCGACGAUGAUGAUGGAAUCUUUAGCUCCGACGGUCCUGUGCUUCCGGACCCCAGUCAAAUGCAAGAGGAAGGUUUUGCAAGACGUGAAUGGCGACGUCAAAAUGCCAUUCAUCUUGAGGAAAUGGAGAAAAGAGAGAAGGAGUUACGAAAUCAGAUUAUGAAUGAAGCUGAAGAGUAUAAGCAAGCUUUCUAUGAAAAAAGGAAGGUCAAUUGUGAGACAAACAAAGCUAAUAACAGAGACAGAGAGAAGAUAUACUUGGCCAACCAAGAGAAAUUUCACAAAGAAGCUGACAAACAUUACUGGAAAGCUAUAGCAGAGAUAAUACCUCGUGAGGUUCCUAAUAUCGAGAAGAGAAGAGGUAGAAAAGAAGCAGAUAAUAAGCCUUCAGUUCAUGUUAUUCAAGGUCCAAAGCCUGGGAAACCUACUGAUCUUGCGAGAAUGCGCCAAAUGAUUUUGAAGCUGAAACAGAACCCUCCAUGUCACAUGAUGCCUCCCCCUCCCAAAGAAGACAAAGAUGCCAAAGAAAGCAAAAAUGAAAAAGGUAGCAAAGAUGCAGAAGAAGGAAAGGAUGCCAAGAGUGGCAUAAGCUCAACAACAACUUCAGUUGAGGGUUCUGCAGCAAAAGAUGCUGCUGCUAAUGGCGCAACAGAGGACCCUGCUAUAGUUGAGGGUGAGCAAGCUGCUCAGUGA